CAGACAACAGUUGCGGUGCUAGCUGGCUACACAAAACCACCUCACACUACGACUUUCAUAAUACAACGAUUAACCGCUACGUAGGUAAAAUACGAGAUUAUAUACCGGUGUUUAACUGGAAAGGCGAGCUACACCAAAGAUACAUCUCGCUUAAGGAAAAUGGAAACAGUUGCGGGUCAGAAAGAGAAGGCGAAGUUUGCCCCGCUGGUGCCCCGUGAGAAGAAGCCAGGGCAUGGAGAGAAAGGAGAGGUGAAAAAGAGUGAGAAUAAGUGUAAAGAAGAGGGGGGUGGAAAUAAGGAGAGAAACAUUGAUGUAGGAAAGAAGACAGGAGGAUCAUGUGAAGGAGAGAGAGGAGUAGAGAGCAAGGGUAAGGCCUCUGGGUUAGAGAAGAAAAGAGGAGAACGGAUGAAGAAAGAAGGGAAGAAGAAGAUGCCAGAUACAGAAAAAGCUAGGGCUGCCGAUGAAGGGGUUCCCCAACAACAGGAAGGUAAAGAGGGAGAGAGAGGAGGAGGCGAGGGAGCGAAGGAGAAUAAAAAACAGAAAAAUAAGGAGGAAGACCAAUCCAGUAAUGAAACAGAACAAGGGAAGGAGAGAAUGAAUGUGAAAAAGAAGAAGAAAGAGAAUGAGAAGGUCAGAAAGGAAGGGAAAGAGAUGAAAAAGAAGAGACAGAGGGAUGAGASAGAGAGCAAUAAGAAGGUAGUGUGUGGAAUACAGUUAGUGUUCCUUACUUAGCCAGAAGUAAUACAGCUGGUAGGCCUUACUUAGCMAGUAGUAAUACAGUUAGUAGGCCUUACUUAGCCAGUAGUAAUACAGUUAGUAGACCUUACUU